ACUGGAGUUUGGUUCUCGAGGCGGCGGCAGCGGCGGCGGCGGCUCCGGCGGCUCCUCCUCCUCCUUCGGUGGCGGCGGCGGCCCGGGCCCGACCCCCGGCCCCGGCUCCCCUCUCCGCCACCCCGCGCGCCCCCACCUACCCCGGCGCCGCGGGGAACAUGCGGCUCCGCUCCCGGAGGCCGGAGAGUGAGUGACCCCCGUCCCCCGCCUCAGCCCGCCCGCCCGCUGGCCCGGCCGCUCCCCCCCGCCUCGCCCAGGCAAUGACAGCGGCUCCGGCGUCUCCGCAGCAGAUCAGGGACCGGCUGCUGCAGGCCAUCGACUCCCAGAGCAACAUCCGGAACAUGGUGGCGGUGUUGGAAGUCAUCUCCAGCCUGGAGAGAUACCCCAUUACCAAAGAGGCAUUGGAGGAAACACGACUUGGGAAGCUCAUCAACGACGUCCGUAAAAAAACCAAGAACGAGGAGCUCGCCAAGCGGGCAAAGAAGCUGCUGCGCAGCUGGCAGAAGCUCAUUGAGCCAGUGCACCAGAAUGAGGCAGCGCUGCGGGGGCUGGCCGGGGCCGCUGGCUCAGCCAAUGGGGGUGCCCACAACUGCCGGCCGGAGGCGGGGACGGCUGGCACACCCAAGAGCAUCCAUGACCUGAAGAACCGCAACGACAUCCAGAGGCUGCCUGGGCAACGGCUGGACAGGCUGGGCAGCCGCAAGCGCCGGGGGGACCAGCGUGACCUUGGACACCCUGGGCCACCUCCCAAGGUUUCCAAAGCUACUCAUGACCCCCUAGUCCCCAACUCAUCCCCACUCCCCACCAAUGGGAUCAGUGGGAGCCCAGAGAGCUUCCCCAGCCCCCUGGAUGGCAGUGGGCACUCGGGCUCUGAAGGCAGCCGCCUGGAGCCCAGCGAGAACGACAAGCACAGCAGCAAGAUCCCUGUCAACGCCGUGCGGCCGCAUACCAGCUCCCCAAGCCUGGGCAAGUCCCCUGGACCCUGCUUGCAGACAAAGGCUUCAGUGCUGCAGCAGCUGGACAGGGUGGACGAGACUCCAGGCCCUCCCCACCCCAGGGCUCCCCCUCGCUGCUCUUUCAGCCCCCGGAACUCACGGCAUGAGGGCUCCUUUGCCCGGCAGCGGAGCCCAUAUGCACCCAAGGGCUCUGUGCCCAGCCCCUCACCACGGCCCCAGUCGCUCGAUGCUACACAGGUGCCAUCACCGCUUCCACUGGCCCAGCCAUCCACACCGCCUGUGCGGAGGCUAGAGCUGCUCCCCAGCACGGACAGCCCUGUGCGCUGGCUGGAGCAGUCUGAGGGCCACCAGCGGCUGGUGGGGCCAGGCUGCAAGGCAGGGCUGCUUCCAGCUGAAUCCCUCCUGUCACGGGCGGGUUUCUCCCCAGACUCCUCCAAGGCAGACAGCGAUGCUGCUUCCUCUGGUGGCUCGGACAAUAAAAAGAAAAAGAGGUACCGACCUCGAGACUACACGGUUAACUUGGACGGGCAAAUGGCUGAGACGGGCGUAAAGCCCGUCCGGUUAAAAGAGCGGAAGCUCACCUUUGACCCCAUGACAAGACAGAUCAAACCUCUGACCCAGAAAGAGCCAGUGCGGGCAGACAGCCCUGUGCACACAGAGCAGCCACCUAGGACAGAACUGGAUAAGCAGGAGGCCAAGGCUAGCCUCCAAAGCCCCUUUGAGCAGACGAACUGGAAGGAGCUGUCGCGCAACGAGAUCAUACAGUCCUACCUGAGCAGGCAGAGCAGCCUACUCUCGUCAUCAGGCGCACAGACCCCAGGGGCUCACCACUUUAUGUCUGAAUACCUGAAGCAGGAGGAGAGCACCAGGCGAGGGGCCAGGCAGCCACAUGUGCUGCUGCCUCAUGGGCCGCCCACGGACCUUCCCGGGCUGAGCCGAGAGGUAACGCAGGACGAUCUUGACAGAAUCCAGGCCCACCAGUGGCCAGGGGUGAACGGGUGUCAGGACACACAGGGUAACUGGUAUGACUGGACACAGUGCAUAUCACUCGACCCGCACGGUGACGACGGGCGGUUGAACGUUCUGCCUUAUGUCUGCUUGGACUGACAGGCCCGUUGGCCACAAAGUGCAUUCCCACCUUGCAGUAGCCAGGGCAGGCGGGUGGCUGGGCCCAGCUGCCUCCAGCAGUUGGCAACCCAGGAAGUCCAGCCCAGGUGGGAGGGAGGGGGCGGGAGUCACGCGGUCUCUGCGCUCUUCCCUCCAAACUCCUCCUUUUGUGAAAUGCUGCUACCAGUUUACUAACAAAAUUGAAAAGGAAGGACCGCGCAGAAGGAAGGACGGCAAAGUGAGUUCAGAACUCUACAGCAAACCAGCUAUAAAAAGCGUUAGUCCCCUAUCCCGGAAGAGGUGCAGACACUCUCCAGCACCUGAACACUGGGACCUCAGUUGCAGGCAGGCACAGGAGAGGUUACGUUUAACACAGCGACAGACGUAUGCAUCUCAUCUCUGUAUUUUCUGUUCUUUGAUUUAGCCCAGUGUCUGUGAGACAGCGGGUUGCACCUCAGCCUGUGUUCACACCCCACCCAGCCACUGGCCAGCCAGUGUUUUCCAUCAUGCGCUGGAAGCUUCUUGGCUGUGGCGAGCCACUGGCAAUAUGCAGGCUGGCCAAAGGGCCAGCUAGCUUAACCCACACUCCAUGGGCAUCCACCCAUUUGUAUCUGGUUUCAGUUAAAACCCAGUUCUUAAAGAAAUGCUGCAGAAAUUUAAGUUUUCUUGAGUUUAUUUUCAUCCUUUAUUCCUUCUGACCACCAGCCAAAUAAAUUUCCUUUCCUUCUCCCUUUUCUUUUUCCUUCCUAUGCAUAUCUAGAAAAUUUCACCUUUCUGGAGCGCCCCCCCCCCCAAAAAAAAAAAAUCCCAACCAACCAACUUAGAGUAACCGCGGGUGCUACUGGUGUGUAAGCUGUACUGCUGGGCAAGAGGGGAGACCUGUCUGUACGCUGGAAACACUCAUAACCAUUCCUUUAGAUUCGUUUGCCUUAUGGUUAUUUGUCAUAAACGCGAUUUGCAAAAACAAGGAGCCUUAGUGAAUGUACAGUACCUAGACUUCUGUGUUCUCAGGACACAGAAGGGAGCAACUUUGCUAUUUGGUCCAGUAAGUGGACACCUUGUGAUAUAAAUGUGGAAAUAAAAAAAAAAAAAAAAAAAACAUUUGCACAACCAGUCUGGAAGUCGUUUCUCAUUUGAAUCUUCACCACUAAUCAGCCCUGUCCUGGAUUAUGGCUUAGCCAGGGAGUCCCACAUCUAGACUUGCAGGCUCAUAAGGCAAGUAGGUUACAGUUUUCAAGUUGCCUGUUAGCUUUCUGCUGCAUUUAGUGGACUUUUACUUGUCUUUCUUUCAGAGCUACCUGCUAGCUUAGGGCAACAGUCCACAAAACAGUAUCAGGGAAUGUUACCCUGUCUCAUCCAGACUUCACCUACCCCACAGAGAAGCCCUCUACAGCAGGCUCCAUAGCUCAAGUUCAGUAUUUUAUCCCACAAAUACUUUUAAUUCUUAACAUGGCAUGGCCCAGAGGUGCAGAGCUGUGUGUCAGGCAUCUCAGCCCUGGGCUGCCAGCUCCUCAUGCAUGCCUGAGGCUGCCUUAAUACCUGGUUGGUGAUGGGGUUUUUUUUGUUUUGUUUUGUUUUGGGUGGUACUGGGGAUUGAACCCACA